CAUGCAUACGGCAGCCAUCAGGAGGCUACAGCAUAUCUCAGGCCUGAAGCACCAACUGUCUCUCGGACAGCUCCAACUGGAUGUCCUGCAAGCAGCUCCAACUUAACAGCUUUGCAGCCGGCAACUGUUCUGCAAGAAGCGGAGGGGAAAAUCAUUAGUUUGAAAACAUGCAAUGGGACUGAGUGGUACCAUGGAUCCAUUCACUCGAGCAACCUGUGUGCUGGCUACCCAGAGGGUAAAAUUGACACUUGCCAGGGGGACAGUGGUGGACCACUCAUGUGCAAGGACAAGGACAGUAACACCUUUGUGGUGACUGGCAUCACCAGCUGGGGCACAGGCUGUGGCCGGGUGAAACGGCCAGGAGUCUACACAUCCACGGGGAGCUUUCUGGAGUGGAUCGUAGACAAGAUCGGACCUUAUCCUAUGCUUGACCCACCUUCACCAAUCAAGAACUCCAUAUUAAGACCUCACAGAGGGAGACUAGGGAGAGGGGUGGCUCCGAAGAGUAGUACUUCUUUCAUUCAUACAAAACAGGGCAUCCCCAAAGGUAAAUUGGGCCCCUUCUUCCCUUGACCUUUCUUCAUCUGUCCCUCACCCCCAAGGAAGAAGGGAUGUGGCCCUAUCACAGGCAGGAGUUUCUAACUUUAUCUUUCAUUCAUGCACAUUUCUAGUGGGGAUGCUUAAACAUUCUCAUAGUCAUUUUCUUUCCUUAUCUGUCAACUUCCAACCUCAUUGGCUCUAUUUCUUUAGCUGAUGUAGGAAGAGACAAACCCAGUUCACUGUCCAAUAUAUUCCAUCAUUUUCCCUUAA